UUCUGUGGAUGUUGGCUUGGCAUUAGCACAAUGCAGUUACAGAGACGAGUCUAGACUGUGAAUAGCAGGAGCUUCUGACUGCAGCAGCAGACGUCUGCAGAUGUUUAGUGAAGCUCGGAGGAGGUUUUGGUUUGAUUUCGUCAGAUGUGGAUGUGAUAAAGACAAUUCUAGUCUGAUCGAGCAACUGAUCUGCUUUUGUGUAAAAUGUAUAAUUAUCUGUGUGUUUUUCUUUAAGUAAUAAUCCGCUGACAAGAAUACAUAGAAUAUUUCAUGUAUAUAUAUAAGAAAUAAAUUGUUAAGAAGUUGAUACUUCUGUUAAUUGGUGGAGCUGAUGUGAUACUCCAUAAUCUCAAUAUGGCAAAAUAAAAUGGCAAAAACUUGAUGUUUUCAUAAUAAUAAUAAUAAUAAACAAAAGAUAUAUUAGAGAAAACGUUACAAAAAUGAAAGCAAUUUUUUUUAUUGUAUUAUUAUUAAUUAUUAUUAUUAUUAUUAUCAGCUUGCAAAUAUAUUUUCAAUGUGUCUUGAACAUUUUCAUGAUGACAUCAGUUUAUUUUGUCACUUUGAUAUUUGCUAAUGUUUAUGUGUAUCAGUUUGAUAUUGGUGCACCUGUGCUGGACUUUCACUGGAGUCUGGACCACCAGCCCUGACCUCUUUGGCACACACACACACACACACACACAAAGAGCUCCGCUGUACUGAUUCACACAACAGCUCCAUUGACACACACUCAGCUGCUGUCACACACACUCUCUGCAAACACAUGAACACACAGUCGUCAGCAGCAGAGCUGAUGUGAAGCACAUCUGCAGGCUCUUCAGCGAGACCCGUGUUUCUGGGGUUUGACUCCGCGGCGACCGAAGGAUGGCUCAGGUGGAUCUCACACUAUCGACUGAGCCAUCGCUUGAUAUUUAGGAAACACUCUUUAGGAGGUCAACUGCAUAUAACUACAAGAUAGUAUUUUAUCAUUCAAAACCUUGCAGACAGCAGCUUGAGCAAACGCUGAAAGAGAGACGAGAGCGUUGUGAUGGACGGCACGGCGCAGACGGCCCCAUCACACGCUGAGCUCACAGCUUCAGUCCUUCAGAUGGGAUGGGAGCAUAUUGGAUAGUUUAUUUAUCACAAAUGAUUUAACUCACAUUAUACUGAGACCGAUUCUGUUCAUCAAAUAAAUAAUCACGAUCUCAGACUUUACCCUCUCCGGCUGUGGUUUGUCUUUGGGCUGCUUGAAUAGUGUUUUGUGAUUUCUGGUCUGAGAUCAGCUCUCUUCGCUCAGCGCUGAAGUCUUCAUGCGUGACUGAGCAGCUUUGACCACAGUAACCCGACAGGCCUGCGUUCUCUUCACGACUCAAAGGUGGCCGUUUGUAUUUUCUGCACCUCUAAUAUCAAACCAAAGUUCCUGAAUAUUUCCGGGAUAUUCUGGACAUGAUCUCUUUGCAAACUGCGUUCUAGACACUUCAAUUUAUUUGCCUUUGAGGAGCGUGACAAGAAAGGUUUCGUAUCCUUGCCUGCGUGUCUGCAGGAUAUUAGAUCUGGGGUCUCUUUAAAUUUUAAUGAGAACUGAAGAAGACUGAAGUUCUUGUUUUGGGGUCUCAGUUUCUAAAGGCAUUAUUAAUCUUAAACUUGCUAAUUUGGUGCGCUGUAUUAAUCCAGACAUGGGUCAUAUUUGAUUCUUCCCCUAGGUUUGACAAACAAACAUGUGUUUUAAAGAUUUUGAGAGAGUCAGCCUUGCAUUUUUUCAAUUUAAAUUGAUUUCUGCAACUCUUUAUCCGUAGGAAUAAAUCAGUACGUCUUCGCACAGCUGCAAAUGGUCUGCGGGACUUCUGACCCGUGCUCAUGUUACUCCAGCUGGAGUUGUAAAUUAUGGUAAACUUUAAAAUACGACCUUUUGUGUUUAAUUCCUUGAAUGGUUUGGCACCCUCUUAUCUCUCAGACACGCUGUCAGAGAGUAAAGCGCUGUCUGCUGUGCUCUGUCCCGAAGCCCAGCGGUGCCGUGUCUGUGUGGAUGUUGGAAUAGUUUGUCUGAUCUGCUGCUCGUUUUCUUCGAAUGCCUGAGCAGUUAAACUGGAUCUUCUUCAUGCAGAUAGAUAAAAGAAGAGUUUGCAUCUCCAUGACUUGCAUUUAAACUUUUGAAUUUAUGUCUGUAAUAAUACAUGUGAGUGUGUGACGUGUUCGUGCCUUUUUCUUAUAAAAUGGUGCUGUUUGCCUCCUUAAAUUUCACACUUUUUCCACAUUUUGAUUCUUGGUAACCGUAGCACCAUGUAAAACUACUAGACUAGUACAUACAACACUUUAAGCUAUUCUUGUACUCUUCUUAGAAGUUCUUCAACCAAAAGUACAAAUAUUUACUUUUGUCACCAUUUUAUGAACAUUUCCAAACUUUGCAUAAAAGCUGUAGUGUCUGGCUGACCGUAUUCUCUGUGCAUGUGUCUUGACAAGAUCUCACUAUAGAUGUUAUGGAGAAUGUGUUAUCGUUAUUUGAUUCAUUGGAAGAAGAAAGACUAAAAUGUUAAUUUUCAACUUCAUUUUCAACAAUUAAACUGUGAAAUUAGAGGUUCUUACCUGACAUGCUUUUAAAGAAAUGUGUUGCAACUGCAUGUGAUAUUAAUUUAAAGUGCAUUUUCAGUUUCACAGCAUAAUACAAAGUGAGUUGACUUCUACAAACCCAGAUCUGUCUUGACUGAAUCUUUUGUUUCUUAGACCUAGAAAUAGAGUUGUUAAGGGGUCAGUGAGAUCUGGGGCAUGCUCUGAAAUGCCUUAAUCUUUCUCAGCUCUGAUUGAGAUCUGUUAAGACUUUAAUACCGAGUCUAAUCACACACUUGACUUUACCUCUCGCCCCGCGACCGAGCUGCAAAUAAUUAAAGGAAUACAGCUCACAAACAUUGUAGAAAUGUGCUCAUUCACAUUUUCAGACCUGCGGUGUACAGUUCGAUGUAAAUGAAACCAAAGGCCAACCGAAUGAACCUGAACAUGCGUGUGUGAAUGUCAUUUUAAAACAAAACUGUUUUUGGUGAACAAUUCCCUGAAAAUGAGAGACUUUUUGGUGGCGAACCAGUUACAGAGUGUUUUUUUGUACCUGGCUUGAGGAAUUCGCAGCUACAUUCUCAGAUAUCAGCUGUUUGUGAGGGGCGCGCAAAUAAAAUCCCAUCAUGCCCCGUAACGCUAAAAGAGCUGCAUUGAUCUGCCUACGCACUGAGCAGUUCCCCAACAUCAGAGCAGUCAUUGAUUCCCCACAAUGCACCAUCAAACUGAUGGAGAUGAGGGCUCUUGCUCUAGAUCCGGUGCUCUGUCGAUCCGCUGCGGUGGAGCCGGCUCCUGAUUGGGGCCCUGGGGCCGCGGGCAGCUCGAUGCAGUGAAGGGCGACGCGUCCCUGGAUGUCGUGCUAUAAAAGCCCGAGCUGGUCCUGAGCGGGAAAGGCAAUGAGGAGCUGGCCUCGACAAGGCAAGAAGUUUAGCUUGUUUCAUCCUCACAGAGGCGUUUCAGAGUGUACAGUAGCCCCAGUGGCCAUGGAGGACAGUGACCGCGAGGCCGACUCUGCGUCAGAUGAGCAGGACUCUGUGCCAGCGUCGCCUGAGCCCAGGCCUCAUGAGGUAGACAAGCACUUCCCUAAGGAAGACUCGGAGGACUCGGAGCUGGAGCACAUCAUGGGACAUCACCCGCUGGCCCACCACGGGCCCCAUAGGGCCGAUAGUGAGGGCGAGGGUCACAGCAGACCCCACACCCCGGGGACGCCCACCUUCCUGAGGCCCAGGGGCCCCGGAGACAUAGAGCACGAGUCCAGAUACGGGGCUCAGCGGGGCCGAGUGGACUUUAGCCUGCCGUCUCCCAUCAGCCCGUCCAGGCCUAAGAGCCCCUGGGGCCGCUAUGACCCCUAUGACUCGACUGAGGACCAGGACAAGGAGUAUGUGGGAUUUGCGACUUUGCCAAACCAGGUUCACCGCAAAUCUGUGAAGAAGGGCUUUGACUUCACUUUAAUGGUAGCAGGAGAGUCGGGUUUGGGAAAGUCCACCCUGGUCAACAGUCUGUUCCUGACAGACCUCUACAAGGACAGAAAGCUGCUGAAUGCUGAAGAGAGGAUCACUCAGACGGUGGAGAUCACCAAACACACGGUGGACAUCGAGGAGAAGGGCGUCAAGCUGAAGCUCACUAUCGUGGACACACCAGGAUUCGGGGACGCUGUCAAUAACACUGAAUGCUGGAAGUCAGUGGCAGACUACAUCGACCAGCAGUUUGAGCAGUACUUCAGAGACGAGAGCGGACUGAACCGCAAGAACAUCCAGGACAACCGCGUGCACUGCUGCCUCUACUUCAUCUCGCCCUUCGGUCACGGGUUACGGCCUCUGGAUGUGGAGUUCAUGAAGGCUCUUCAUGAGAAGGUCAACAUUGUUCCUGUACUAGCUAAAGCCGACACACUCACCCCAACGGAGGUCAAGAAAAAGAAAAUCAAGAUUCGAGAGGAGAUCGAACAGUACGGAAUAAAGAUCUAUCAGUUCCCAGACUGUGAUUCAGACGAGGACGAGGACUUCAAACAGCAAGACCAAGAGCUCAAGGACAGCAUUCCCUUCGCCGUGAUCGGCAGCAACACAGUAGUGGAGGCCAAAGGCAAGAGGGUUCGAGGACGUCUGUACCCCUGGGGAAUCGUAGAAGUGGAGAACCCAGCGCACUGUGACUUCGUGAAGCUGAGGAACAUGUUGGUCCGAUCACACAUGCAGGAUCUGAAGGACGUGACCCGGGAAACCCACUACGAGAACUACAGAGCGCAGUGCAUCCAGAGCAUGACCCGCAUGGUGGUGAAAGAGCGCAACCGCAACAAACUGACCAGGGAGAGCGGCACCGACUUCCCCAUUCCCAUGGUGCCCGGCGUCACCGACACCGAGACGGAGAAGCUGAUCCGCGAGAAAGACGAGGAGGUACGCCAUUCUCCCUGCCGAGAUCCACACGAGCAAACGCAGCAUCACGAGCAGCACUCGGAGCCGGAGCCGGAGCCGCGGGGAUCCUCCCUCCGAGCCCCAGCCUCACGCCACAGGCUCCUAGCGCCGUCUGUAGGGCUUCACAGAGUCCGCCCCUGUGUUUAAGCACGUGAACCUCAGGUCACUGGUUAUAUGGGUCCCUGGCGCCCCCUGUAGGUGUACAUCAGGCAGUAGAGUAGAGCACACGCUGUGUCAGUGAGUGUGUAAUCUGUGUUUAGGAGAGUCUCCAAAGCCUGCACGUCUCUGGCGUGAUGCACUUUAACCCUGCAUCCAGCACAGCUGAUGGAAAUACUGAUUAUCCAUUACAUUUUGAAAAUGUCGACACCAUAUUUUUCAGUUUAACAUUAGCGCAUAAAUUCUAUAUUGAUACUUCAGGUGUCGCAAAAAAAAAAAAAUGGUUUAGAAACACUGUCAAAAAAGGGCUUUAACGCAAAUAAAUGUGACCCUGCAGCACAGAAGCAGUCAUAAGCAGCACAGCUAUAUUUGUAGCAAUAGCCAACAAUACAUUGUAUGGCUCAAAAUUAUACAUUUUUCUUUUAUGCCAAAAAUCAUUAGGAUAUUAAGAUCAUGUUCCAUGAAGAUAUUUUGUUAAUUUCCUACCGUAAAUAUAUCAAAACUUAAUUUUUGAUUAGUAAUAUGCAUUGCUAAGAACUUCAUUUGAACAACUUUAAAGGUGAUUUUCUCAAUAUUUAGAUUUUUUUGCACCCUCAGAUUCCAGAUUUUCAAAUAGUUGUAUCUCAGACAAAUAUUGUCCAACAAACCAUACAUCAAUGGAAAGAUUAUUUAUUCAGAUUUCAGAUGAUGUAUAAAUCUCAAUUUCGAAAAAUUUGCACUUAUGACUGGUUUUGUGGUCCAGGGUCACAAAUGUGGUGUCACAUGAUACAUUUUCAGGUUAUUAUUCUGUUGUUAUCUAAACAACAUUAAAAAUGAUUUGACAAAAAUGGAGGGGAAAUGUGAUACAUUAUGAUUUAAAAUUAUGAAUAUAUAUAUAUAUAUAUAUAUAUAUAUAUAUAUAUAUACAUAAUGCAUAAAGCAAAUUAUGAAUAGCUAUAAAUGAAUAAUUUUCAUUAUUUUAAUGACAAGCACUUUUUGAAGAAAUGUGUUCUCUUUAAGUUCACAUUCGUGUUUAAGCACAUUUUAAAUCAACAGAUGUUGUACCAAAGUGAUGUACAAUCAACAAAAAUGAACAAAUACAGAAAUUAAUUAAUUCUUUAAUAUAAAAAACACAAAUAAAACGCCUGUACAUCUCACAACAUUAAAGGUUUUAUACUUAUUUGAGAAAUGGAGCAUUUACUUAGUUGUGGUAUUUUGGAUAUAUUUUGGAAUAUCGUAGAUGUUAUUUGUUAUUAUUUUAAACAUAAAUGAGUUUUAAAAUUUGUAUCCACUUACUACAGAAUAAAGAAAAUAUAUGAAGACAUUCCCUAGUAAAAGCAAUAUAUUAAAAAUACAUUUAUUUCAUACUCAGUGUAGUUCAAAUCUGUUACCAUAUUUACUGACCUGUCGCUUGAGACUUACUGAUAUAAAAAUUAUUAUGAAACUUUUUUUGAAGUACUGCUUGCGCACAAUGCACAUUUCUUAAUAUUAAGCCUAAAAUGUGUUUUAAUGUCACUUUUAAUGAGCAUUGUAUGAUCUUUGAGUAAUAUCGGUGUUUAAAUGCCAGAUAUUUAAAGUGUACCAAAACUUUACUCGUGGUAGUUCCACUUCAGCACAAUCACAUAUAGCCUACUUCAGCACUACUUCCACACAAUUAAAGUCCAUUAAGCACAAUAACUAGUUGUUCCAGUUUAGCAGACUUGAAGUAUACCAGGUUAGUGUAGCAAAACUACAGUUUCAGGGUAUUUUCAUUCAAAUGAAAAUGUAUUUGUAGCAUACUUAGCAUGAAAUGAAUAUUUAUUUUUGACUAGGGUUGCGUUUAAGUCGUUAUCUGUUAUGAAUUUGUUGCACUGGAUUCAGUCUGUAAUUAAAAUCUUCUAAACACUGGUGAUAUGAUUUGAUAUGGCACAUCUGUAUUCAUACGCAAACACUGUUCAAAGGUUUAUAGUUGAGUUCUUGAUUACGAUUCCUGGUUCAUUUCCUUUAGCUUUGAAUCGCUGCCAUUCUUUCUGAACCAUAAAUAGAAUAUCAGCAGUUCUACACAAAACAGACAUUAUAGAGAUGAAGACUGACUGAGAGUGAAUGAGGAGGGAUUCACACUAAUGAAGUGUUUCAGCAUAUGAGAAUGAUUUCUGAAGAUCACGUGACACUGAAGAAUAAACUACAUUUAUAUUGGAGUGUGCAUUACUGUUCUAUCAUUUGUAAAUACUAGUCAGAAAAUGACAAGUGUUGACAUCCACCUUCAAUCUAAAACAAAGGAAACGUAUAUUUAGCAGAAGACAGACAUGAAGCCAUGCACGGCCGCAGCAUCGAUCUCAGCCUAUAUGUGCUUCGUUACGCAACAGCGCCAUUGAUUUCCAGCGUUCACUGAUCAUGCAGCUCACGUGACUGUGAUCGGUCGGGCUUCGCUUCUGUCACGUGACUCACAGACUUAUUGAUUGAUUGAUCAGUUGUGGUGUAGUGCGUUUGACUGUGGUUCUGUUCUUGUUGCAGUUGAGGCGGAUGCAGGAGAUGCUGCAGAAGAUCCAGGAGCAGAUGCACACGCAGAAAGAGGCGUAUUAACACGCUUACGCUGAUCUGAGCUGACCUCCACCGGAGAAGUACCGCGGUAUCACCUGAGUGAGUGAGAGCCGUCCCUGCCCGAGCAGAUGACCCGAGGCUUCACGUCCCACUCAGACAUGUCUGGGUCGCAUUUCACCCCAAAAUAACAAUACAAAAAUUGAAUUACAACAAUAAAACUGUUACAUUAUUUUCUUUAUAAUGAAUCACAUUUAAACCCUAAAUUAUUAUUAAGGUAAUGUUAAAAAAAGAAAAAUGCUUUUAAAUGAUUUUAUAUAUAUUUUUUUUUAUUAAUUAAUUUAUUUUUAUUGGUAAUGAUUUUCUUACUGUAACAUGGGCUUAUGGUGAUAUGAAAAGUUUAUUCUGCUUCAAAAAUAGAUAUUGCGUUUAUCAAUAUUAGUGUUUAAAUAAAAAUAUAUAAUUUUGAGUUGAAAUUUAACCCAGACAUGUUGAUAUAAAUCAAUGGAACAUUUUCAUUGCACGAAACAUUCUUUAUAGUGGAAAAAGGUUCUUUAGAUUAUUAAAAUGUUCUUCAGAUUGGCAAAAAGAGGGUUUUUAAGGAACUGAUCACAACAUGAUUAUUCAAAAACAGCUGUUAGGAACGUAUUAAACUAAACUCUGUCUGGCUCCGGGGCCUGGACCCGCUCUGCUCGUCGUCCAGUAUGUGUUUCUAGCCCAGGAUUGAUAUCAUAGGAUAGAUACAAUGGAAUUAUUUAAGUGGUUUUUUUUUUACAAUGUAACUUUAUUUUGUAUAAUGUUCAUUAAUUGCAUUGGUUGUAAUGUAUGUCUUUGGUUUUGUUGUAUUUCUAUAUAAAACUGCAAAAGCUUCUUUCAGAAUGUUUUUAAAUGGAAAUAAAAAAAAUCUAUUAUUUUCUUAUUGGAGAAAUAAAGUACUGUAGAGAGAUAUUUUUGUUAACACAGCUAACCCGUGAGUUAUUGCUGGUCUGGAUGAGAUGUCUUCCCGUCUUGAACUCAUUCCUCAAGUGCAUGUGUGAAGAGAAGCGUGUGACUCUCAGCCGCUCGCUCGUGUCCGCGCCGGCCCGCGAGCGUCUGCUGAUGUUCACUGUCUGUGUUCUAGACAUGGACUUACAGUCCACAGAAAUAAAUGAUAUUUUCUUGGGUAAUGUUGGUGAACACUGUUAGCAAACCGCGUUGAGUUCUGCAAACUGUGGGGUCAGCGGUGAAUGAAUAAAACCAUUUACUAUGGACUAUA